UUCCAUAUAAGUGUGAGCAGGAAAAAGGAAUGCACUCAUUUGCUGCUCAUUUCUUUUCAAAAAUACAUUUGCUGUGGAAGGUUUGGCGUCAUGGCAGAGUCGGGUUUCCCAUUACCUCCAGAAGCCUUUUGUCCUCUCUGCGGGGACACGGUGAGAGAUCCGGUCACUAUUCCAUGCGGCGAUGUUUACUGCCUGGAAUGCAUCAAGAUCUACUGGGACCAGUACGACCACAUCGGUGUCUACCGUUGCCCAGAGUGCCGCGCCACAUUCACCCCGCGUCCUGUGUUGAGACGGAACCUGCCAGACGUCCAUAACGGGCGGCACCACCUUCCUGAGCUCACGCCGUUCCCCCACAUGCAGCGAGAGUCCUUCUGCGAUUUUUGCGUCGGCCGCCGCAGCAAGGCCGUCAAGUCGUGCCUGGUGUGUUUGGCCUACUACUGCGAGACGCACGUCAAGCCGCACUACGAGUCCUCCACCUUUAAGAGGCACAAGUUGGUGGAUGAGACGGGACACUUGGACAGGAAGAUCUGUCCCCAGCAUGAGAAAGGCCUGGAGCUGUUCUGUCGCUCUGAUCAGAUGUGCAUAUGUGUGCUGUGUACAGUUCGAGAGCACCGCAGCCACAACAUCACCUCGGCAGAAGAGGAACGGAAUGAAAAGCAAAAAGUGCUGGUUGUUACCCAGUCUGAAGUUCAGCACAUAAUUCAAGAGAGGCUGAAGGAGCUGCAGGAACUUCGCCACAAUGUGGACGUUCUCAAGAGCAAUGCCCAGCGGGCGCAAGCAGAGAGCGACAAAACAUUCCAUGAAAUGCUGCAGGCAGUGGAGCGCUGGAAGGCGGAAAUGAAUCAGAUGAUAAUGGCUAACAUGCAGGCCGCCAUGUCGCAAGCCGAAGGUUAUGUGGAGCGUUUGGAGCAGGAGAUUCAGGAGCUGCAGCGCCGAGACACAGAGCUGCGUCAGAUCCUGGAGACGGAGGAUAACAUUCACUUUUUACAGAAUUUCCCUACGCUGUGCGUCCCUCCGGAGGCCAUGGUGCCCAAAGUCCUCAUCAAUCCUCAGUUCUCCUUCAGUGAGAUGAGCAAAACUGCGACAGAUAUGAAGGAACAUCUGGACGACAUCUGCACCAAAGAACAGAGCAAGAUCUCCAAAACUGUUAGUGAAACUCCGAUUUACAUCCUGCUCCCAAGAAACGGAGACACACGGACAAAAGCUCCUGCUCGGAUGGAUUUUCAGGAACCAAAAACAAGAAGCGACUUCUUGAGAUACGCAUUUCAGAUGUCCUUUGAUCCAAACACGGCCUUCAAAGAACUUGCCCUGUCGGAUGGGAACCAUAAAGUCAGCCGCAAGAAGACCGCCCAGUUUUACCCGGAUCACCCGGAACGCUUUGACGGCUUCGCCCAAGUGCUCUGUAAAGAAGCCUUGAGCGGUUUCAGAUUCUACUGGGAGGCGGAGUGGAGCGGCGAGUUUUCCAUCGGAGUGGCCUACAGGAGCAUCAGUCGCAAAGGCAAGAAUUCCAACAGUCUGCUCGGCUACAACGACAAGUCCUGGAGUCUCCUCUGCUCCGAUUCGGGCUACUCAGCCUGGCACAACAAAGUCGACCGCGACCUUACUAACUCUCCUCGAGCCACACGUAUAGGCGUCUACCUGGACUACGCCGCCAAUUCUGUAGCUUUCUAUUCAGUUUCAGAGAGCAUGGAGCUCAUUCAUAAGUUCAGAGCUCAGUUCACGGAGCCUUUGUUGGCAGGAUUUGGAGUGGGCUCCUCCGUCACCCUCUGUCAGCUGAAGACACCUGGCAAGCCCUACUGAAACUGAGGCACACAUUUAUUCAAUUUGUUAGAUUUAGAGGGGGAACAUUUGGCUUCCACUCAACUCUGCUCGAGCGUGAAGUCAUUCACUUUAAUAAAUGUGCAAUAUUCUGUUUUUCUAAAUUUCAUCGAUUUUUGCUAGCAAUGUUAGAAUGUACUUCAUAAAAUGUGUAGUUUUUCAGAGCCUUCUUUUGCAGAGGAUAACAGCUUUUGACAUAAACACCUUCAAUAAACUAAACUGAUACUUUAUGUUUUCUGCUGUGCUGGUCCUAUUCCAUGUUAUUCAAGGAGCCACACUUUAUUUCACUUCCAUCCUGUUCAAUCUCACUGUUUGCACUUUGUCAGCUGCGCGCUUUAUAAUCACUUGAUCAUGAACGCAUUGUUAUCGUACUGAACAUGAUCAUCAUGUGUUUUCUGGAUUUCCAUUUUCAGAGGGUCAGUAGGGGGCGCACACCCCCUCAUACCUGCAUAAAGCAAUAUGGUGCAUUUAUUUUGAGUUCAAUAUUCUGUAGCAAAACACAAAACUGAGUCACAGAAAUGUACAAUACGAAUACUUAAUAUAUAUAUAUAUAUAUAUAUAUAUAUAUAUAUAUAUAUUCAGGAACAGUUUCGUUCCUGGUGCUGUCAGGCUGCUGAUACUGUUUAUUUGUUUCUUUGGUCAUAUGGCAAGUCAGUCUCUUCCACCACAUCCUCUGCUUUACUUAUGAUUAUAUUUAUGAAUUUGCACAGAUAUUCCAAAGCAUUUUGGCUGAUAGACAGACAAGAAAGAAGCCUUUUUGAUGUUUAUAAGUGACAGGGUGAUGUGAAGAUCAAACAGGUAGUUUCAAUAUAUUUGUUUCUGAUCUGAAAAAUCUACCAAGGUGACUGAAAAAGAUAAAUGAAAUGAUCACAAGGGGAAGAAAUAGCUGCACAUUUCUGUUUUUUGAGUUCAUGCAAAUGGAGAGCACUUUUCAAAUGAUGUUGUCUUUGUAAAACACAGCAGAUUUGUUUAUGUUUUUCUUGUCAUUGCAUUAUUCCAAGUGGAAAAAACUGCAGUCGCUGUUCAUUUGUUUGUUUCAGCUGGUCAAGAGAGCAGCGGGAGGAAAGCGACGGCAGCGCUCAGCAUCAGGUUUGGGUCACAAACUACAUGUCUUUAUUGUUGUUUAUGCUGGAUGUGUACUGAUAGUUUCAAGACCCCUUCAUGACAAUGACAGAAUAGACAAGAAGAGCACCGUUAAGCUUCUUAGUCUACGCCAAUAGGUCUACAUUCAGACUUGCAAGAAAUGUGAGGUUCAUCUGUCUAAAAUCUAUUUUUGAAUUUGACUGUAUUUUCUUACUAGAAUGAUGUAAUAAAAUGAAGUUGGCAAAUUCUAAUUUCUCUUCCUGGACACUGCUCAUUCAUGUGUUAUCAGAG